GAGACUCGAGACCUUGUACGAGCUGGAUGAAGUUUUAGCAAUGGUGGCUUGUGUGUUGAUGUACGCUUCCAAUCAUCGAAGUUGUACAAAGCUGGGAAUCUUGUAAUAUCAUACAAGAGUUAACAAUUCCUCGACCAGCCUUUUGAGAACACCAAGUGGAGCGAGACCACGCUAAAUUUUAAAGCCCUUAUCUGACAGCAACCGGCCGCCAAAAUGGGCUCUAAAAACUCGUUUCGCGUUCCAGAGAUCAUGACAUUCAGGCCCAGCUAUGAACAAUUCAAAGAUUUCAACCAGUUUGUUCGAUUCAUGGAGAGCCAAGGCGCACACCUUGCAGGUCUGGCGAAGGUUAUUCCUCCGCCUGAAUGGAAACCUCGUAGUGGAACUUACGACAUGUCGGAGAUUGGUGACAUUAAAAUCCCUGCGCCAAUCGCACAGAUUGUAAAUGGCAUGGGGGGUACUUACCAGCAAAUAAACUUGCAGAAAAAAGCGAUGACUGUUCGUGAAUACAAGGAUUUAGCCGAAUCCGUGAAAUACUGCAAGUACCGCCCGCCCCUGGGAGAUAAUGCAGAGGUUGAAAGAGCCUAUUGGAAAAAUCUCAAUUACGGUGAGCAAAUCUACGGCGCUGAUGUCAGCGGCUCGUUGAUGGACCAAAACCUUGAGAAUUGGAACAUUAACAAACUUGGCUCAAUCCUGGACUAUGUUGGCGACGACUACAAAAUCAACAUUGAGGGUGUCAAUACAGCAUAUCUUUACUUCGGAAUGUGGAAGACCACAUUCGCUUGGCACACAGAAGAUAUGGACCUGUAUAGUAUAAAUUAUCUGCAUUUUGGUGCCCCAAAGACUUGGUAUGCCAUACCUCCGUCGCAUGGACGCCGGUUUGAGCGUGUCGCUGCUGGCCUAUUUCCGGAUCACUUCAAGAACUGCAAAGCAUUCUUGAGGCAUAAGACGUCGCUCUUGUCGCCCAACAUCCUGAGGUCCAACAGUAUUCCAUACAGCUCGAUUACUCAAGAAACAGGGGAAAUUAUGAUUACUUUCCCAUACAGUUAUCACGCUGGAUUCAACCAGGGAUUUAACUGUGCAGAGUCGACAAACUUUGCGUCGGAGCGCUGGGUCGAGUAUGGCAAGCGCUGUUUACACUGCACUUGCAACAAGGACUCUGUCAAGAUAUCUAUGGAGGUCUUUGUUCGUCGACUGCAAAGCGAUAGAUAUGAAAGUUGGCUUGAGGGCAAGGAUAUCGGGGAGCACCCUGAGGCCCCAGGCCUGAAAGCACCUGCCAACCCGCCCGACGGCUUUGUCAAGAAGACUGAGAGGAACGGUGAAAUACUUAAGAAAACGUCCAAGCGCCAUCCUGUCCACAAGCAGGCCGCGUCACCAGCUCAAGAAGAUGACUUGUGUGAUGAGGAGGAUGAAGAAGAAUUACCUGAUGAGCAAGACUUGGACUUUCUUGAGGAAGUUUACAUCAGGGGUGGUGAAAUGGACCCUCGCAAGGCUACAAUUCUAGAUGAUGGGCAUGGCUUGAGGAAUGAACUUCCAGGAGUAAAACGAGCUAGAGGCAACGAUGAAGAUGAGUGGCUUCCUCCGAGUGCAAAGAAAAGUCAGAAGAAACUUAAGUGCAGGUACCCGAAAAGAUCGGUCACCUUCCCUGUGCACAGUGCCGGCCGGAAGCCAAUGCUGAGCGCGACAGUAUUCCCAAGCCUGACCAGUCCGAGUCGUGCAGCUUCGACCACAUACUACUGCAACGAAGCUAUUAGCCGCAUCCUAGGCCAGGACCUGGUCCGCAUGCCCAUGCACCCCCUGUCGCUGUCCCCUGGGCGUGCUUCUGAGGCGAACACUAGCCCUUCUCAACCAACGUGGGCGUUUUCGCCGGCCCUCAACGCGGGACCUGACAAACCAGUCAGUCCAGACAGCACAGUACAAAUGUCACCAGUCAAGCCUGAAGACUGCACUCCUCCAAAGAAUAUAGGCGUAGAAGUAUUACAUGGCUUGAUUGGAAGCGAAAACAGAGAGUUAGAGAGACUGUACAACUCAUACUGGAGUCAAGAUGAGCCCCAUUGUGCCCUCUGCACAGCUCUUUGCACCAGAAAGAGCAAAAUGCACGAGCCUAUGCCUGAUGACUGGAAAGAGUACACAUACAACAGAAACGUGACCUACCUAAGUGAAGUGUGGUGUCCAUCUUAUGUGUUCACGAGGAAAUUGAAGGAGAAUUGCACGCCGCCAAACUUUGACUACGGCACGCCCAUUGAAAAAUCGCUCCUGCUAACCUGUGAGGACUGCAAAAUCUGCGUUCAUGCUUUUUGCUAUGGGGAAAUGCGCCCGGUCAGACCUGGCGAACCUUGGAAGUGCGACAAAUGCAGGGUUAACAUGAGCGAAGCGAUUCCACAACCCCUCAAGGCUUGCUGUCUGUGUCCUAUUCCGUGGGGUCCACUGAAGAGGACAAGCGAUCGUCGCUGGGCUCACAUUCUCUGCUCACUUGCUAUUUAUGAAGUCAACUUCAUGGACGAGGAGCGGAAAGAGCCAAUCAACGUGCACAACUUGGACAUGGAUAGACUGAAGCUGCGCUGCUCGUACUGUAAGGGAACCGGACGCGGUUUGUGCGUGGAGUGCUGCCACCCCCUGUGCAAGGUGGCGUUCCAUCCUACGUGCGGCGUUGUGUGCGGCGCCAGAUUCUCUGUCAGCAGGGGCCCGCAAGCGGUUCACGUGCUCGCCUCCUGUGCUGACCACACGCCUUGCCCACCUAAAGUUGCCAACAAUGUGCUCAAGAGGCCCAAUAUCGGAGACAAGGUUUGGGCUCGGCACUCAAAUGGAAGAUACUACUCUGGCACUGUUGAGUGCGUCGACGAGAAGAUCUUCGCCUGGGUUGCGUACGCAGAUGGGUCUUUCUCCAAUGAGACUGAACCCCAGAAUGUUUCGUACGGAGCUUACUGCAGGGAAAAGCAAAUGAGGAGCAGCCUGAAGGUGGAGGUACUCACUUCCCAAGGUAUAACAUAUCAGGGUGAUUAUGAAGGCUCUUCUUUGGCACCUGUUUACACUGUGCGCACAGACGCUUUGCUGAUAACUGGCGUGAGAGACAGUGACCUGAUUGAGUUUGGCAAAACCGAGCCCCUACUCAAAGAAGAACACGUCAAGGUUUGUCAAGCAGAUUUGCUUGAGACAAUGUCUGAGAACAAUUGUUUGCAGCAAGAGGUUCCUUCAGAUGAAGCUGUCUGUUCCUCUUCCUCUUAGCUGAUACAAGCUCUAAAGAAAUUUUGUCCAGUAAUCGCUCCAGCAAUACUUGCAAAGUAAAAAAAUGAAGCCUCUAUAUGAAUUGUUACGGAUAAGGUUUUUAAUGCAAAUUUAUUUACGUUGAGUUGGGUUUGUCGAAAUUUGACCCUACGGCAAUCGCUGCCAAGCCAUAUUGAAACUUCAAGAAAUUUUAUUCAGUUUGAAUCAUUUAACACUUGAUCUCCAUUGUGCGAAUGAGGAACUUGCGCGUCCCUUGUAAAAUGUAGGCAACACCAGCGUUUAGAUGCUAUAUUUGAGUAACAAAAAUGAAUGACGAAAGUUUGCUAUUCUUGUGAGAGGUUACCUCAAUUUCUUUCGCUCUUGUAAUUAAUUUAGGAAUAAAUAAAAAUUCACGAGAGUUCAACACUA